AUGGUAAGAAAGAAGACAAAAAGCAGGAGAAGCACGAAUUCUCCUAGAAAGAGUGGAAGGCAUUCAAAUGCUUCAAACAAAGAAUCUUAUGAUCCAAAAGUGUAUGAAGUACAGAUCACAACAUUAAAGAAGAAAACAAAAGAAUAUCAGUAUGUGAUAGACAGUUUGAAGGAUUUAAACUCACAGCUUUCACUUCAGUUCGAGAAAGAUGGGUUAGAGGGUGAAGGGCUAAUUGGAUAUAUUCAAAAUUGCAUUCAACAUAAAGACCAAGAUAUUAGUGAACUGAAGGAAAAUCUAAGUGCACUCUGCAGUAGGAUGAAUGAAAAGCAGCUAGAACAUAAUAAUAUCGUGGCUAAACUCAGGUUUGAGAUAGAGGCCGUUGAAGAGAAACUUAAUUCUGAGAAGGCCGUUUUAAGACUAACUGGCGAAAGGAUCAACUCCAAUCACAGUAGUAACAGUCUUAACAUACCUCAUACUACAAACCACAUAUAA